CGCAGGCAUUUUUAGGGGAGCUCGUAUUUCUUCCCUCCCCACAAACGCCUGCUCAACAGAGGACAACAUUCCUUUCCCAAGCUUAGCCAAUCACGUUGUACUUUCCAAAUUCUGGAAAGUUGACCUUGACCGCGGGGUAACCCGAUAAUCACGCGAUCUGCAUGAAACUUUAAGAAACCUUCAUGACCUCUAAUAAAUGUUAGUCUCAGAGCGGCAAAAGUAAGAUUUACUCAGUCAGAUUUUAGAAUUCUCUGUGCACUGCAUAACCUUAGCGAACGAAAGAAAAGAAGGAAAAAGGUAACUCUAGGGUCACGUUCUGGGUCACGUUUUUUCACUAUCACGAGCUUAUGAGUCAUGUUUAGCCUGUCAACACUUUAUUUAAAAACCGUUGAUUGGUCACUUACCAUGCGAAUGUAACAAUGGGAAAGGAAUGUUGUCCUCUGUUGAGCAGGCGUUUGUGGGGAGGGAAGAAAUACGAGCUCCCCUAAAAAUGCCUGCGUGGGAGGCUACCCUCGACCGAACCUGAAUGGCCGCCAAAACUUUUAACACGAUUCAGUAGCUGAGGGAUUGAGCUACACAGUGAUAUGCAGGAGAGUCUGUAAGUGUGAGCCACUUUUGAGAUUUAAUCCACUAAAUUUGGCUAAAAUCGUAUGUUUCGCUAAGUGGGUCAAAGGGGCUAAGUGUGUUUCCUCAGAUUUUCUAAACGAAAAGGUGUUGCUGAUUCUGACCUGUAUUAUUUUAAAGAUAAAGGAUCAAUUAAAAUAACUAGUAAAUUGGAAGCUUUGGGUCGCACUCUUUUAUCCGGAGCAAUCGUUGAAUUUUGACAAAAUUUGCAUAUUUCACAAGCAUCUCCGGUCCUCAUGUGGCGCCGAAAGAAAAUUCGUUAAAAAAAAUUUACAGAAGCGAAUUUCUCCAAUCUAGUUUCAUAUUUGUUAUAUACUUAUUAAAAGAAGUCUACAGAAAAAUUAUGAGCGAAAUCCAUUUUGUGAGCAAAAUUCGAUAUGAGGAUCUUACAGAGACUGGCUCUUAAAUGACUUAAAUUAGAACAGUGAAAAAACUUAUAAAGUGACUCCUUUCGAUGGUCAGUGAUAUGGUCGAAUCGCUUCGAUCAACGCAAAUAGCCUUGUUGAUUCGCAACGCCUUCUGGCUUUCAUAAGGGGGCGGGAGUGGAGGCGAGGUACAAAAAAAAUUCGAGCUAGGGAAAAUCGUAUGGAACAAGUGCUGAGAACAUCGUUUCUUGGUACCAGACCUCGUGUCUUCGCUUCCCCGGGUGAUCGUUUUUCUGCACAGACGACCGAAAGCCGAAGUUAUAACUGGGCCUACCCUAUGGGCAGCCCAGUAACAAGAAUGGCCGAAAGGCGGUUUUAACUGGGCUGCUAAGGGGCGAUUUUUUCAGAGGAGAAGGGGUGGUUGUACACACUCAUGCCACCAUAAGGCCUUGUCGCCGACCAUUGCGUGACGUAUAGGGCGUUUUCCAUUUACCAAAAACUUUGAGAAACCUCCAUGAAGAGGUCCAUCGAGUGAAGAAGGUGUUGCAUUUUCUUUCAUGCUCUCGUCAUUCAAAUUCAAGAUGGUGACACAGAUAUCGCCGAGAAUAGCCUGGAACUCGUGAAAACUCUUAAAGGGAACGUGCAAUUUCCACCGGAAAGUAUCGAACGGGUAACCGGACUAUAUUUUCAAAAUCCGCUUAUUCCCGGGAAUUUUUCAUUGCAAACGGAAAACGUGUUUUUCAUUAACAUCCCAACCGGAAUUACCGGAAUUUCCGGAAUUUCUUGGUAAAUGAAAGGUGCUUAGAGUCUCAUGUGAGAGUGAAACAUAAACUCAUUUGAACAUUGUACCCUUUUGGAAGACGUUCGUAACAAGAAAAAUGAGUACCUGGUCGGGGCUGUAUAGUAGUAACUUUUCAAAUUCCACCAUUAUGAACAAAAACUUGUAAUAGUUGACACUACAGCUGCCCCGCUCUGUAUAUUGUCGGUCAAUAGUAUUCUUGCUCGUUAUGUAGCUCUUUGAGAUAUACCGAUUCAUAAUGAAGAUUUUCACCCAUAUUCCAUACAAUGGGUGAGAUAAAUACAGGAAACGAAAGGUUUCAUGCACUGAUUCAGUGCGAUUUACACAGCUUUUGAUCAAAACAUUCUCCGUUUCGGGAUGUAGUUAUUCUAAACCAUAAGAAAAGAUUUAAUUAGAGGUUGGAAUUGUAAUAUAUUUUCACCCGGAACACCCUCACACAAAGCCAAAUAAGCCUAAAUGCCUAAGAUAUGGGAGAAUCGGGCCGAGGUUUUGUGAGUCGGUGCACCAGGAGGGAAUGCAGGUCGAGAGAUAUAUUUUUGGAGGAUACACCAAUGUAUCAUGGGAUAAGUGAGCGAGUGACGCCAGUCGUAGAAGAUUAUCAAUUUAAUGUUAUUUCACCACAACACACCUACAAAAAGUAAAUCCAUCGAGCAAUAUUUUUUUCGUAUUCUUGCAAUUCUUCUGUUCAGUUUUAGUGAGAAAUUUGGCUAUUUCGUCUUCGUCAAGUAGUUUUAGGCCUGGGACUAAGGGGUUUACUUGUGGAAAAUGACUUAUUAUUCCAUAGAAACCAAGGCGAAAAGUUGGGUAACAAAACGAUAUAAAAUAGAUAGGAAAUGGAAAGAAAGAAGGCGGGAAAGAAAGAUCGAAAUAGAUGUUGCAAAAACCGUCCAAAUUUUUUCUUAAGCGCAUGCACAAAAACCAAAAAUAAAACUUAACUCGCAGGAAAAUAUGCAAAGGGUUAAAGGGGCGCUAAUUCGAGGAAGGCGGAGGGGGUUUUUUUGAAGGGGGCGCUUAUUCAAGCGGUGUCGGUUACUAAAGGAGGUAAAGCAUUCCAUGUUCUUGUUAGAGUAUAGUGAACUGUAUGAAGUUCAUAUAGAAUGUUCAGUCUCGUAGCACUACGACAAAUGAUCGAACAGAGAGAGAAUCGGAUUAAUUCUAAAGUAAAAAUUUAAGUGUUACAAAUAACCCUUAGACCCCACUGAGCGAUAGACUCAGUAAAAGGAAUUAGGGGACCAUGCGAGGCAGGCAAGAUAAGAAAUCUUUUAAAAUCGAUGGGAUUCGAACCCACGACCUCUAAACUAGAUGAGGCCUGAGGAAGCAAGUCGUCGGUAAUUAAGGUGGUGGUGCCUUUUUCUUGUAUACCUGCUUACCUUAAAAAAGUUGCAUUAUAUGAAUGGCUUCGCUGUAAGUACUACGACAAUGUCGCUAUUAGCACUUACUUCUUUUUCUUUUCUUUCUCAGCCAACUACCGCUACCGGUAUCGAUACGAUUCAAAAGCGUUUCUGUUUUCACUGGUGAACAAGCCAGGAUGGGCACCUGUCAAAUUGCCUCAAACCGGAAAAUAUGCUUCAUCUUUUCGUUCUAUAGGCUCUGAAAAUUACUAUGGGCCUAUGUUCGGAGCUGGAAAUGACAUUUUCAUUUCCAGCUACGCAUCAUCCAAUAGCCUUUCUUACAGCGACCUUGGCCAUACUUACAGCCCACCGAGCGGAUACAGCUACCGCAGCAGGUUCGCACGAACAUUCCUGGCAGGAACUUACAGGUUCACACCAGACGAAGUAGAAGUUUUUUACGAAACAACCAAAAUGCAGUGA